UAUGAACGAGCAGAACAUCCUCAAUAUGCAGGGUGUCUGACUUAUUUAACAAUAAAACAUGCGACUUUCACUUGCACGGCAGAUAUUUCGCACAAUGGCAACUGAAGCUAAGCAGAUGAAGCUGAGUGCUGACGAUAGAGCUCAGAAGCUCACCUCGCUCCAGGCCGCUGGAUGGAAAGAAGUGGAAGGACGAGACGCCAUCCAAAAAGUCUUCAUGUUCAAGAACUUCAACCAGGCAUUUGGAUUCAUGAGUCGAGUCGCCCUCCAAGCUGAGAAGAUGGACCACCAUCCUGAGUGGUUUAACGUCUACAACAAAGUGGAUAUCACGUUGAGUACCCACGAUGUCAGCGGACUCUCUGAGAAAGACAUCAAGCUGGCUAAUUUUAUGGAGAAUGUUGUGUCUUCUUAAAACAAAGAAAUGUAGUUUUCAGGAAAGUUUUCAUCUGGAUUUAGAUAAUCCAAAGAGUUUUAGCUUUAUUUUUAAAAGGUGGCUUUAAUAGAAAGAAAACAUUGACAAGUUGUCUUUUUUUCUGUGUGAUAAGCAAGGCUCGGAUUUGGGGAAAUCCACAAGAGCACUGGGCUUGUAGCUCAGCAAAGUUGUAUGUUGAUCUAGACAAUCUAAGGGUUUGAUACUAGAUUUAGGAAAGUAGCUUUGUGUAAAAAAAAAACGGCUAAGAAAGAAAAUAUCAAUCCCUCCAAUUUUAUGGGGAAUGUUUCCCCUUCUUAAAAAAAAAAAUAAUGUUUUUUCAAAGAAGUUUCGGACACCUAAUAGGUGUGGAUAGACAAUCCAAAGGGUUCAAUAUCAGGUCUGGAAUUUAACAAAGUGGCAGAAUAAUAUUCUUAUUUUAACUUUAAUCUGAUCUGUUAUCUAACAUUUAACAAAUCUGUAAGAUUAUGGUUUAAUAGCUUGAAACGAUUGAGGUCAUUAUUUAGACCAGCCUGUUGUAUGCAAUACAAGUUUUAUUAUUGUGUAUUUUAUUUGUUUUGUCAAAAUUACUGAUCAAAAUAAUAUCAUGCCAGACGAAAACAAUUGAAAAGCAAUACAACAUUAUAAAGUGUUGAUGGUAACUUAAAGUGUCAACUCUGCAUAUAUAAUUAACCCUAAAUGAAUAUUAUUUAUCCCUGAUGCAAAUUUAACAUCCGUUAAUUGAAAGAAAAAAAACCAUAAAUCUACUUGUUUGUACCCAUAUUUAAUUUCCGUAUCUGAAAUUUGAUGCUAUUUUCCCAGGAAAACAUUUUAUCACUACAAAUGUAUGUACAACAUGAAUGUCUGUAUUGUGAAUUAAAAUUACCCUGCUUAAUCACUCAGGAAA